CCAUAAUACAGUUAACUUUGAGAUAAUUAUUGAAGUAUAACUUAUAACCUGUUUGGAACCGAGAACGUACGGAAACGGGUAGAUUUAUAACCAUUUGAAACACCUUUGUAGUUAGUUUCCGCAUUAAAAAAAACAAAACAAUCGAUUAUAAUCAUGACUUCUGUGGUAAAAGGUAUCGUUAUUGUUGGAGCAAAACGCACACCUUUUGGUACAUAUGGAGGAAAAUUUACAAAAACGUCUGCUACAGAAUUACAAACAGUUGCUGCAAAAGCAGCCUUAACUGCAGCAAAUGUGAAACCUGAGUUAAUCGAUACAGUGAUUGUUGGUAAUGUUCUUACUCAAUCGUCUUCUGAUGGUGCCUUCAUACCCAGACAUUCAGCCUUAAGAUGCGGCAUUCCCCAAGAUCGCCCAGCUUUCCUCGUAAACAGGUUAUGUGGGUCAGGAUUUCAGUCAAUUGUAAACGCGGUGCAGGAUAUUCAAACAGGAGUUAGUCAAAUUUCGUUGGCUGGUGGUGCAGACAGUAUGUCACAAACUCCACAUAUCGCAAGAAAUAUUCGUUUUGGGGUUCCACUCGGUCAGAACGUCGUCUUGGAAGAUUCUCUUUGGCUUGGUUUGACUGAUACAUACUGUAAAAUGCCGAUGGCCCUCACAGCUGAAAAAUUGGGGGCUCAGUUCAACAUCACCAGAGAUGAAGUCGACGCAUUUGCUUUGAAAUCACAACACAAUUGGAAAGCUGCGCAAGACGCUGGUCGUUUUAAGGAAGAAAUUGCGCCUGUCACCAUCAAGGCUAAAAAAGGGAGUGCAAUUGUUGAUGUAGAUGAACAUCCGCGCCCUGAAACCACUCUAGAAGGCCUUAAAAAACUUCCUACGUUGUUUAAAGAAAAUGGAUUGGUCACUGCAGGUUCGGCUUCUGGGAUAUGUGACGGUGCUGGCGCUAUUGUGGUGGCUAGUGAAGAAGCUGCCACUAAACAUAAUCUGACACCUCUGGCUAGAAUUGUCGCAUUUUCUGUAGUUGGUGUUGAUCCUACCAUUAUGGGGAUAGGACCAGUGCCGGCUAUACAGAAUGUUCUUAAAGCAACUGGAAAAUCCUUGGAUGAUAUUGAUUUAGUUGAGAUCAAUGAAGCAUUUGGUGCUCAAGCUCUGGCAUGUGCUAAGAAUUUAAAACUUGACCUUAACAAACUAAAUGUUGAUGGUGGAGCGAUCGCUAUUGGGCACCCAUUGGCUGCUUCUGGUUCGAGAAUUACAGCCCAUUUGGUUCAUGAGUUGAGACGCAGACAGGCAAAAUUGGGGAUUGGAUCAGCAUGUAUUGGAGGUGGUCAAGGUAUCGCAAUUAUGAUUGAAGCUCUGUAACAUUUUGAUGACUACUGUGUGUUCAAUAAUGAGACUAUGUACUACGAAAUCUAAUCAAUCUUUAUAUCUUAUCUUGUGGCGAAACAGAUAUAAAAUGGAUAGUUUUUUUAAAUUUUUAUAACUUUAUAUUAUAUACAUAUAUUAAUAUAUACAUUGGUACAAUAAGGUUUAUAAAGGUUUAUACAGUUGACCAUGAAUUUUAUAAAAAUAAAGCACACGAUUAA